GACUCUAGUCCUCUCUUAGUAACAAGUCUCUUAUUAAAGAAGAAAGAAACCCUCUUCUCUUCAGUCUUCACUAUCCAACUUCUCACUCCUCUUCAGUCGGCUCUUCUAACCGCUACUCUGAAUUAUGGAUAAUAAAAAACCUAGAACAACAUCAUCAAUGGUGGACAGAAUUUCAAAACUACCUGAUUCAGUCAUUCUACACAUACUGUCGUUUCUUCCCAUUGAGGAUGUUGUUUCAACUUGUCUCAUUUCGAAGCGUUGGAAACUCAUGUGGUAUAAAGUCCCCAAACUCUCUUUCUCUAAUAAAACUACUCGUUUUAGAUUGAGAGGGGGACAGAAAACGUUCUGCAAUUAUGUGGACAAUUGUUUGGAACACCGCAAGAGAGUUAUGCACUCUAUCCCCAAUUCAGUCAUUACUCGUUUUGAGCUUCACAUGGAUUGCUAUAAAAGAAGCAAGGCUGCCCACAUUGAUAAAUGGUUAGCUUUUGUUGUUGAGAAUAGUGUUGAGGAAAUAAAUCUUUUCUUGUCUAGAGCUAAUGAUGAUGAUGAUGGUCAGCUUUACUACUAUUGCUUACCUAAAACAGUAGUAGUCAAUGCAAGUUGUUUGACUGUUUUAGAGUUGAGUAUGGUCGAGUUGGAUUCUCGUUACUCGUUUAGUUUUCCAUCUUUGAAGUCUUUGUCAUUGACCCUUGUUCGGUUUGCAGAUAAGGAUGUGGUAGAUGGGUUGUUGUUGGGUUCCCCUUCCCUUGAGAAAUUGUGGUUGAUUUCAUGUAGUUUGAGUAAUGAUCAUCAGCUCCACAUAAGUAGUUUAAGCCUCAAGUUCUUGAAAAUUAGACUUGCUAAUAUAGUGGAGCAAAUUGAAGCCAUAAAUCUUGAAUCUUUGGAUCUAUACUGUGUUUCCUUUAGCAAAAAUCUAUCUGUAAGCAAGGCAAUUAGAAAUCUCUCUUUAACUUGCGACUGGCGAAUGGAAAAGUCAUCGAUAGAAUAUCUCAUCUCAAGCCUUCCUCUCCUUGAGAAUUUGACUUUAAGCAACUGUCAAUACUUGGGAUUGAAGCAGAUUAAAAUCUCGAGUCAAUCCUUGAAAAGUUUCAAUUUGAAUAACUCUUACGAUGUGGAAAUGAACGUUAUAAUUGAAUCAGCUCCAAAAUUAGCAUCAUUCUGUUAUGUAGGUAAUAUCAAAUUUAGUAUAUCAAUGGAGUCACCCAAUUUGGUAAAUGGAACAUUCAUAAUUAUCGAGCGUCGCGAGAACUAUAAUGGAGAUUGGUUUAUUGAUAUGAUAAAUUUUCUUUUAAAUCUCAAUUGUUCUUGGAAUAGUGUAAGCCUACAUGUUGAUUCAGCUAAGGGUCUCAUCUUACCAGAAAACUUGAAGAGGUUAUCACAUUCUCCUUUGGUUAAUUGGGAACAUCUUAGAGUUUUUACAGAUUAUGAACCAGAAAAUAAAUCAGAUUUGAGAGAUGCUCUGAUGUGGAUUUCUCCUUCUUUGAAGACAUUGUCUAUAGCAAAAAAGGGCAUCUUCUUAAAAACCUUUUAACAUUUUAAACUAUGAUUAUGGGUAUAGAUCACUGUCUGUGUUUCUUUUGGAGAUUGUAUUUACUUUAUAGGUAUUUCAAGUGACAAGACUAAUGAAUCCUGCUUUGCUUAA